CUGGCAAGGCGGAAAAGGACAUCAUUCACAGCUCUUGCUGCCAAGCAGUCACAGCUCGCUCUGUCACAGAUUUCAGUCUAUAUUAAAACCUAAAAGCAAAAUAAAGAUAAUCAUCUGAAAUGGAAAGCCAACGUAAUGCCGUCAGCCACCGACGCGGAGCUCGUCCGAGCGUGGGCUAUCUGCUGUUCCAGUACCAGAGCGAACUGACCCGCCGUCAUGCGGAACCCACGCGGCUGUCCCGCACCAAGAUCCACAUAAUCGACGGCCUGGUAUCGCGCACCAUCCGCCACAUGAAGAACUGCAGCAUGGAGGACCUGAAGGCCUGCAAGAGGGAGCUCGUCUACAAGGAGCAGCUGUGCGCUCAGCUCAAAAACAUGCGACGCAAACGGUCCUCCUCCGCCAACAACACCAAAAAUGGUGAAAAAGACAACAAGACUCAACCCACUGUAAGUGUCAAGGCGCCGAGUACUCCACCGAAACCACGAUCGUCCCGUGCCGGACCCCCCAAGAUGGACAUCGUCGGACCGGAAAUCUUUGUCUAAGUCAAACUUAUUCUAUUGCAAUUUCAAAUUCCAUAGUCUAGAACACACUUUAUCCUUAAUUGUUGACGAUUAAAAAUCAUAGAACAUGAUAUUGUAUAUACACAAAUACAUACUUAAAAAAGAAAACAAAAUAUAUGGCACUUUAA